AUGGACAAUGCCCGAGGGAGAUCUCCCUCAAGAGGCAAUGCGCAGCACAUAAGCCCUCAGCCUUCCCCAAACCACUACCCCGGCAUUGUACCCGGAGUCGACCCCUCCAUUCAACAAGCCCUGACCACCGGCAAGUUCAAUACAUCCAGCAACGCCUUCAACAACCCCUUUCUUGCUUCUCAGCAACAAGGCGGCCUCCAACCUGACCCCAACGAAGCGAGUUUCUAUGACAACAGCCAGUAUCAGAGCCUCUACCAAGACGCUCAGUUCGGAGGCCAGGGUCUAGAUCAGUCCUUCAACAACGGUGGCUUUAUGUAUCAGGGUGAUGACAUGGCCAGCGAUUACAGCCAGACGUACUCCUUGAACCCUCCAUUCGACAUGAACCCUCAGAACAACGUGAACCCAGCCGAGUUGAGUAAGGUGUCUCCUCCUCAGGACCAUCAGUCACCGAAUCUGCAUCCUCCUGAGAACCACUCGUCUCAACCGGGCUCGCCUGCUUCGACCAACGGCCAAUUCUACACCCCUCAGCAUUCAAGAAAUGCCUCCCUUGACCCUUCCAGUGCCUAUUCCGGCCUAAGCUUCCAACAGCAUCGGAGAGCGCCAUCGGAGCAUAGCGAUAUCUCGUCCGCAAAUCAUUCACCCUACCUUUCUCACACAGAAUUACACAACGCAGGAGUUGAGAUCAGCCAUUCGCCCUACCUUCCCGCGCAACCGGACACGAGUAACGCGUUCGGGAUGGAAAGCUUCAGUCUAGGUGAUCAGGCCCCGUACCGGUCUCCCAGACUUAUGCCAAACAUGGAAGCCAACCAACCGGGUCUGGGACUGGAUGGAAGUGGCUUGCGCUUGGGACAGCCCUUGGGAAUUCCUGUGCCCGACGUGUAUACCACACAAGGGCCCCAAUAUCAGCCCGCGAUUGUUCCGAGCAAUCAUAUGCGGAAUACCUCAAUGGUCUCGGAUAUUGGCCAAGCUGAUCAAUUCCAACCUCCCACAAUCAACAUCGAACCGGCGCCUGUUUCGAGACAACAAAGCUUUGGACCGCAAGGCGAAGCCACCGAGGGUGCUUUGAGCCCCCCCUCCAACAACAGGGGCCGGAACCGAAGCAAAUCCGAUGUCACAUUCACACGUCCUUUGUCAAGGUCGGGUUCGCCAGGGCUCAUUGCGACCAAUGCCAACCGCAACAGUCUCUCUGUUCGGUCCAGCACUCCUGAAAGAGGUCAAUCACUGUCUCGGGAAUCCUCUCCGGGACCGGGGGUGCAAUCUGGGCGGAUUGACAAGAACCGUCGAGCUAGCACCUCGUCAAUGGGUCAAAGUAGGGAUUAUAUUUUGGAUCUCGCCGAUCCCACCAGGCCUAAUGCAUCUCCAUCCGGAUCAAAUACGAGAGUCCAAAAACACCCAGCCACGUUCCAAUGCAAUCUCUGCCCGAAACGGUUCACAAGGGCCUACAAUCUACGAUCGCAUCUACGAACACAUACCGAUGAACGACCUUUCGUGUGUACAGUGUGUGGAAAAGCGUUUGCUAGACAACAUGAUCGGAAACGCCAUGAAGGCUUACAUAGCGGGGAGAAGAAAUUCGUUUGCAAAGGCGAGCUCCAUUCAACACCAGGUCAGCAUUGGGGGUGCGGAAGACGGUUUGCCAGAGCGGAUGCCCUUGGUAGGCAUUUCCGCAGUGAAGCCGGGCGAAUAUGCAUCAAACCUCUCCUGGAAGAAGAGAAAGCCGAGCGGCAGAACAGAGCGAUGAUGGAGCAGCAGCAGCACCAGCAAGCACAUUUUGUUCAACAGGGCGGGUUGCAACCCGUUCCUCAACCAAUGAUGAUUGGCAUGGACCCCACCACGGGUGCCGGUGGCUUCGCCCUACCUGCAGCGCUCCUGCAGCAGUAUCCCGCAUUGCAGAAUAUCGAUUGGUCGCAGAUCUCGACUGUCGACGAUCAAGGAGACCUCAGCGAUGUGGGCGGUAUGGGAAGAGGAGGCUUCGACGCAUCAAGUGGUGGAGAAUAUUACGAUGAGGACGUAUCCGACGGUUACGUCAGUGGAAACGGAAUGGAUUUUUCGAAUCCCGGGGCGCAGCAGAUGUAUAUGGGGAGCUAA